ACCUAUGGAUGUUAUGCACUGUGUUACCUACUCAAACCACUAGGUGGAAACAUGUGCGCAGGCAGUCACAGUCUACAGCCCAUGCCUUUGAUCACAGAGUCAACUUCAGAUUUUUUUCCAAAGAGUGGGAGGGCCUGUGCGGUUUGUGCUCACUGUUGCGCUGGGGUGAUGACCACUUUUGCCUUCUGAAUUAGCUAGCAACAUGUUAGCUAGCUAUCAUGACAGGUUUGGUUCAUGAAGCAGUGUUUCGCGCAGCUUUAUUGCGCCUUUGUUGGAUGUGAUCUGGGAAAUGAGGAGAUAAGACCUUGCUGGUGAAACUCUCUCGAAACACUCUGGAAUGCUGAAGAAUGAAAACAUGUUCAUUUACGACAUACCUCCAAAUGUGAUGUACGAGUUCACAAGAGUUAUGGAUACUCUUUCCCAGUCUGAUUGGAUCGGAUUUGCCUCUCACGUGGUAUUGGAUCAAACUGAACUUCGAUCAAUCGAGCGUUGUGAAAAUCGGACAGACAGGCUGAUGAACAUCUGGAGCUGCAGAAAUGGAACUCUAGCAGAUCUGCUACAUGUCCUCGAGCAGCUAAAGAUGUUUAGGGCUCGUGACAUUCUAAUCAAAGGAAUGCAUAUCGUUCACCCAAGUCCUUCACAAAAUCCGCCCUCCUUCCCUCCACCUCCUCUUCCUCAUCCUCCUCCCCCUCAACCUUGUCAUGCUUCUCUGCCAUCCACUUGGCUUUAUCCAGUCAAAGAAUCCCCAGCAACAAGCACCAUAUCACUUCCAGAUGGUAGACAUCUACCUUUACCCUGCCCUCCGCCUGCAGAGUUGAUGUCUCAAGAUGAAAGAAGGCCACCUACAGAGCCAUCGAGUCUAAAGUCUGAAGAGGACCUCUACAGCUCUCUGUCGUGUGCCAUGUGCUGGCCCCUCGAGGAGAUCCAGAGAGGCACCGAUAACUUCUCCUCGGCACGCCAGAUUGGAGAAGGAGGCUUUGGACUGGUGUAUAGAGCCACUAUGCGAAACACUGAUUAUGCCGUGAAGAAACUGAAAGAGGAUUCUCAGCUUGACUGGGCAUUAGUAAAACAAAGUUUCAAGACAGAAGUGGAGAAAUUGUCAUUAUACAGACACCCCAACAUCCUGGACUUUGCAGGCUACAGCAUUGGGGAUGGGACACAUUGUCUCCUGUACGUCUUUAUGCCCAACGGGUCACUGGAGGAUAGACUCCAAUGUCAGAAUUCAAAUGGCCUGUCUUGGUCCCAACGCAUUCAUGUCCUACAGGGAGCAGCCAAGGCCAUUCAGUUUCUUCACGCCUGCUGUCCAAAGGUCAUCCAUGGAGACGUCAAGAGUUCAAACAUCCUCCUUGGGCAACACCUGGAGCCUAAGCUGGGGGAUUUCGGGCUGGCUCGACUGUGCAAAAGCCCGGGCAGAGCAGCGGGGGGCAAGACGACCACUGUGGCCCAGACCAAGACGGUGCAGGGGACACUGGCGUACCUGCCUGACGAGUACCUGAAGGACCAUCAGCUGGGAGUGGAAAUCGAUAUCUACAGCUUUGGAGUGGUUUUGCUGGAAGUACUGACUGGCAGAAGAGCCUUGGAAGUCACCGAUCAGUCGAAAGCAGUCUACCUGAAAGACUUGGUGGCAGAGCUGGAGGAGGACGGAGGUAGCCUCCACACGGGAAAGCACAGUAAGGCCGAGUGCAUUUCGCCGGCAGCACACAGCAUCUGCAGGAGCCAUCUGGACUCCAGAGUUGUGGCUGCAGGCAACGCCGCCCCGAGUGGCUCUCUCGAGAUCGCUCAGCUCGCUUGUCAAUGCCUGCACAAGAGGAGGAAAAAAAGGCCCCCGAUGUCUGAGGUCUUCAAGACUCUCAUGAGCAGCUGUGCAGAUCAGACGUACACAUGCAGAUCAACAGUCAGCUUGUCUUCAGCACUGCCUCCGCCACCUCCUCCAAAGACACCUGCCUCCGCAGAUUCCUCUGUAGAGGCUCUGCAAUCUGAAUUUACAAAGCUAAGACCACAAGAACACACAUACUACUGCAGUCCACACGAACCUGUAUCCUCUCUCAGUUCUGCUUCAUCUGCUUCAACAACUUUAUCAUCUUCGUCUGGACUUCCACCAAUUGACCGGAGCAGAGACACUCGGGGCAUGAGCCCUUCUUCCCACCGCGUUCCCUGUGAAUCGGAUGAAAGUCUGGGGUUCUCACAGUACCUAAGCUCCUCAGAGUCGUCAACGAGUCCAAAGGGGAGCAUGCCUGGGACAUUGAGGAGCGAAGGAGAUGGGGAUUACAGUUCAUGUGCUUCAUGGACUGGGGCCUCUCAGGCCAGCUCUGGAGCAGGCCCAUCUAGCCAAGAAGUGGUGGUUAACCCAGCCAAGCAGCAAAUGGUACAGAAAAUGCUCUUCUCGUCUGGAUUGUUCUCUUCUCGAAGUGGCUCUUAUGGUGAUGUAAGCACCAGUAGCCAGGAGCCAGUGGAGAGUGAGGAGUCUGAGUACUAAAAUACCCAGAGGACAGUCCAAGGAAGAUGAUGUGAAGACGAUUCAUGUGCUUUAAAAGUUCAGUUAUGGUCCUCAAAUGGUGUCUGUCAUACAUAAGCACUGAAAAGAUUAUGUUGAUUAUGUUUUUGCAAAUGCAUUUGGUACAGAUAGGAGUUCUUAUCCAUAUUGUUUACAUGCAUGAAAAUCCGCUUGGUGUUACACUCAAAGUUCAUUCUUGGUGGAGGGUACUUACUGAUUUCAUUUUAAGCUGAAUUUAAGUUGCAAUUUAGCCAGAUGAGUACAUUCAGGUCUACGUGUCUUUGAUGCAGCAUCAUUGUACAAUUUGUAUGUACUCCAUGUUUUUGUUGCUGCAACUUGGGUACAGAAUGUUGUGUUUUGGUACAAUUGUUAAAUUAUAGGUUUAUUAUAGGUCUUCAUGUUUUGUACUUUUCCUGAGAAUUAAAAAAAAUAUUGUUAAGUACAUAAUUGUUUAGUACAUAAUUGAUGAGUGGUGGACUCUUACUGUUUUGGAGAAUGCAAGCAGAGGGUUAAGUCCUGUAGUUAAUCCAGUUGUAAAAAAAAAAAAAAGUUACAUUCCUUUGUUAGGGAAGUAAUAUCUAUUAUCUAGAAUAAGUUAUUGUUUUGGCGGAAGUGCAGUGUGUUGGUGUGUACUGUGUCAAAUUAUUACGUGUACAGGGGGAAACGUUUUAACGUUUCAAAUCUUAAUUCAGAUUUGUUUUUGAUUCAUCCUAAUCACAACACUGGCUCAAGCGCUUACCUUACUCCCUAGUACUGAAGCAUACGGGCAGCAGCGGUAUUUAAUUAUCAACGGGGGUUGUCAAGAAGAUGGCGGCUUCCUGGGCGGCAUGAAAGGAUGUAGAGCUGCCAAUAUUCGCAGUGAUAGAAAUAUCCGGGGUUGAAUUUUAUGACUGAGUACCACCACAAGGCAUUUUAUUAAUAUAACAACCCGAAACAAGUAAGUAUGUUGUGAAGCUAAGAAAGGAGGUCAAAUUGUGUUGCUUUGAGGUAUCGGCUAACGGUGUAUCCGCCAUUUUUCUUGAGGGAAGCUAGCAAGGGGCUACGCUAAUUGAAUACUGAACUGUAAACGAUAGCUUGACUUUCACAUUCACAAGUGAAUAAACAAACU